ACCUUUUGUGUCAGUUUCGUCUUUCAAUAAGUAUUUAUAUUGAAGAAUUCGUUUUUUUCUGGCCCUCAAAUCCCAAUCAACCGCUUAAGAUAUAUACACACAUAUCUAUCCUCUUUUCCUCUCUCUCGCUUUCUUACUCUACUGAUCAUACUUGAAAUUAUGAAAAGGAAUUGUGAUUUGGAACUUGGGGUUUCAUGCCCUUCUAAUAGGCAGUGCCACCCUCUGUUAGAUAUGAAGAAUAGUGGGAAUAAUCAACUGCUGACACUUUUCUGCAAUAGAAAAGUUGCUGUUUUUGAUGUUACAGAGCUUCAGGCUAGAGCCAUUAUAUUGCUUGCAAACAAAGAAAUGGAAAGGACGAAACUAAGUUUGGAUUCAUUGUUAUUACCCUUUUUACAAUCGCCAUUGAAUAGUCUUUCCAUGAAGAAAUCACUGCAAAGAUACCUCCAGAAGAGAAAGACACGGAUCCAAGCUACAUCCCCUUAUCAUCAUCAUCUUUAGUAUUAUAUGUUACGGUGAAGAAUGAAGACGAGUCUAUGUGGUUUAAUCAGAUAUAAUUUAUUUAUUUAGUUUGUUGUAUUUUAUAAUUAGCGCUUUAUGUCAUUAUUUGGUAUCUUGAUGUUAAGAUAAUUAGUGUAUCAGACACGUGGUUUAGUAAAAUAAAUACUCUGUAGAAUCAAUCUCAACAAUAUUUUGUACCAAUAAGAGUAUUAAAUUUAUCGAUAUUUGUAUUAA